AUGCGACCAACUAUAGUAGCUUGUGCAAGAGUAGCCACCCGUGGUCGAAGGCCUCCACCUGCAUUACCACCCACAGCAUACCCUUCAGCAUUUCCUUCCUCCCCUUCCUCCUCCUCCUCCUCCUCUUCCUCUUUCUCCCCCUCAGCUUCUGCAUCUGGAUUAUCGGAAAGUAUCAAUGCCGAAACUAUCGCUCAAGCUGGAGGAUCAAGCAGGGAAGGGUGGUAUCAUGUGAACAGAAGUGAGGGUGGUAAAUUACCUGUUUAUUCAAAAAUUAGAAAUGGCGGUAGUAUCACUACUUUAAUAAGGAAAGUUGAUACACUCCAAUCCCAACUGACAACAUAUCUAUCAGACUUGCACAUAGAUCCAUUCACACAUCCGCCCAAAGUAACGGUCAGACCCACAAAUAACCAUUUACAGAUCAAGGGUCAUUGGGUCGACGAAGUGAAAGGAUGGUUGGAAGGGAGAGGGUUCUAG